GUGGUGUCGAAAAUGCGAUCGUGAGAUGAAAAAUACGUUUACACGAAGCCAUGGCAGAUGACUUAGAAGACGAGUGGUGGGCUCAAGGCGAACAUUUAGGUGAAUCGGAUGAAGUGGCUGCACACGACACGCAGGCGGCAACAUCAGCAGAAGAACCGAAGGAGAAAGUAGCAAAGAAAAGAAAACUUAAAACACAGGAACCAGACAAAGUGAAGAAAAAGAAGACCGUACAGAAAGAAAGCUUCAUUGCAAAACGGAAAACGCAAUCAAAGGACGAGGAAGACGGCAAAAAGCCCAGGAGAAGACGAAAGAAGAAGACCAUCACAGAUGUGUUGGCGACAUCAGAGCCUGCACCUGGCUCUCCGGCUGACCUGAGGAGCCUUGUGCAGAGCCAUUUCAGCGUCACGCGAUCCGUUAUUGAACAGGAGGAGCUCAAUCUGCCAGAGUCAUGUUUUCUGAGGAGUAAUGACCUCACGCACAGCUUGUCGUCCUACCUCAAGGAAGUUUGUCCCAAGUGGGCGAAAGUACAGAAGCAGCACACGCAAAAGCGCUCGGUCGUACUGCUCAUCCUCUGUAGCUCUGCCCUGCGAACCAUCGAACUCAUCAAGCAGCUGACUACAUUUAAGGGCGAAGCUAAAGUGCUGAAGCUCUUCGCCAAACACAUCAGAGCUGAGGAGCAGAUAAAGCAGCUGAGUAAAAGUCUGGCCCACAUCGGUGUGGGGACUCCGGGCAGACUUUGCACCCUGAUAGAGAAAGAGGGAUUGAACCUGCAGGGAUUGAGAUAUUUUGUACUCGACUGGAACUACAGAGACCAAAAACAGAGGCGGAUGAUGGACAUACCAGAGGUAAAAGCAGAAUUUCUGAAACUUAUGGAGAUUGCGAUCAUUAAGAAGUGUCAAGAAGGAGCUGUUAAAAUCGCACUGUUCUGAGUGUUCAUCGCUCUUCAUGUCCACACACACACCUCUGAUCUGUCUUGUUGUUUUUUUUUUCUUUUAAUCUAAAGCUUUGUUCUGUAUUUCAGUGCUGUGUAAAACUCCGCUGUGUGUCGACCACCGAAGUGUACACUCCACUAGAGUGAUCUAAAAAUAAACUCAUCUGAUCGGACUAA